UCAUGUCAUGGAUGAAAUGCUGAGUUCCACACAUGAACCUCCUCGUAUUUUAUAGGGAGGCGGGUAUCUAGUCGGAACCGGUCUAGGAGUGAGCGGACCCCUUGGUGCGAGAUAAUGGGACGCUGAUGCGACUUAAUGAGGCGGAGAUGCGCGGGGACAACCUCGGACUCGCGGCUCUCCUCAAGGAGUCCGCAGGUGCGCACCAGGUGAGGAGCAGGACGUGCCCCGGGCGGAAGAAGCAAGUCUUGACAGACAUCCAAGGGGGCGGAGGCUGCGUGGCGACAUGGAAGCCGGCCAGAGCGCGCAAGCGGCGGAUUGCAUGGCGGGCGAGCACUCGACCGCUAUGUGUAUGCUGGAGCGGGAGCGAGAGCGGGACCGGGAGCGGGCUGAGCUGUCCAGCCCCAGCCCGCCGGCCAAGCAGCGCUCCCUGCGGGUGGUUUACGUGCUGAACGACGGGCUGAAGGCGGUGAUGGCGAGCAGCCCGGAGUCCGGCGCUCUGCAGUGUCUGCAGCGGGCGUGCGACGCCGAGAGCGCCCUACUCACCACCGUCACCUUCGGCAGGCUCGACUUUGGGGAGACCUCCGUGCUGGACAGCUUCUACGACGCAGACGUUGCGGUGGUGGACAUGAGCGACGUCUUCCGCCAGCCGUCCUUGUUCUACCACCUGGGCGUGAGGGAGAGCUUCGACAUGGCCAACAACGUCAUCUUGUACCACGACACCGACCCCGACACGGCUCAGUCGCUCAAGGAUAUGGUUGCUCAGAAGAAUACAAAAGCAGUUGGUCCUUCGGCGCUAGGUUUCCCCUGGGUCCAGCUGCCUCCGGAAUACAGAGGCUCUGGCCUGCGCAAUCAAGCAUCCAGCGGCAACUACUACUUCAUCCCCUACAUCGUGACGCCCAACCACGAGUACACCUGCUGCGAGAGUGACGCCCAGCGGAGGGCCAGCGAGUACAUGCAGCCCAGCUGGGACAACCUCUUGGGGCCUCUGUGUGUUCCCCUAAUGGACCGCUUCACCAGCCUGCUCAAGGACAUACAUGUCACAUCCUGCGCCUCCUUCAAGGACACCUUGCUCAACGACAUCCGGAAGGCCAGGGAGAAGUAUCAAGGCGAGGAGCUGGCUAAGGAGCUCUCCCGCAUCAAGCUCCGCAUCGACAACACCGAAGUCCUCACGCAGGACAUUGUCAUGAAUCUGCUCUUCUCUUACAGGGACAUUCAGGACUACGAUGCCAUGGUCAAACUGGUGCAGACCUUGGAGAUGCUGCCCACUUGUGACCUGGCGACACAGCCCAUGAUCCAGUUCCACUACGCCUUUGCGUUAAACAGGAGGAACAGUCCUGGCGACAGGGAGCAGGCCCUACGUGUGAUGCUCCACGUCCUACAGUCGUGCGAACACCCGGCUCCUGACAUGUUCUGCCUGUGCGGGCGAAUAUACAAGGACAUUUUCCUGGACUCUGACUGCAAGGACACCAAGAACAGGGACAACGCUAUACAGUGGUACAGGAAGGGCUUUGAGCUGCAGCCUACCCUCUACUCAGGCAUUAACCUGGCCGUCCUCCUCAUAGUUGCUGGCCAACAGUUUGAGAGCUCCAUGGAAUUGAGGAAAAUUGGUGUUAGGUUGAACAGUCUGUUGGGACGCAAAGGUUCCCUGGAGAAAAUGAACAACUACUGGGAUGUGGGCCAGUUCUUCACUGUUAGCAUGCUGGCUAGCGACAUCCCGAAAGCCACCCAAGCUGCCGAGAAGCUCUUUAAGCUGAAGCCACCUCUCUGGUACCUGCGUUCUGUGGUGCAGAACCUACAGCUAAUCCAGAGGUUUAAAAAGCAGUUGGUGGAACAUUCCCCCCAGAGGGACAGACUCAACUUCUGGAUGGACAUCAUCGUGGAGGCCACGCAGGGCACCACCAACCGACUGCGUUUUCCCGUGCUGAUCCUGGAGCCCACUAAAGUGUACCAGCCUUCUUACGUGUCCAUCAACAACGAGGCCGAAGAGAAGAACGUCUCCAUCUGGCAUGUGUCCCCUGCUGAAACGAAAGGCAUCCACGAGUGGAACUUCACCGCCAUGUCUAUCAAAGGCAUCAGCAUCAGCAAGUUUGACGAACGUUGCUGCUUCCUCUAUGUCCACGACAACUCUGAUGACUUCCAGAUUUAUUUCUCCACCGAGGAGCAGUGUGCUCGGUUCUGCUCCAUGGUGAAGGAGAUGAUAUCGGACGGCACGGGUAACUCCGUGGAGUUGGAGGGCGAAGGAGACGGAGACACCUUGGAGUACGAGUACGACACGGACGAGACGGGCGACCGGGUGGUGCUCGGGCGAGGCACCUACGGAGUGGUGUACGCCGGGAGGGACGUCAGCAACCAGGUCCGAAUUGCCAUCAAGGAGAUUCCGGAGAGAGACAGCAGGUACUCGCAACCUCUUCACGAAGAGAUUGCCCUCCACAAGUACCUGAAGCACAGGAACAUCGUUCAAUACUUGGGCUCCGUUUCCGAGAAUGGAUACAUCAAGAUCUUCAUGGAGCAAGUCCCCGGAGGGAGUUUGUCAGCAUUGCUGCGCUCCAAGUGGGGUCCGCUGAAGGAAGCCACCAUCAUCUUCUACACCCGGCAGAUCCUGGAGGGCCUGCGCUACCUGCACGAGAACCAGAUCGUCCACAGGGACAUCAAGGGUGACAACGUGCUGGUCAACACCUACAGUGGCGUCCUGAAGAUUUCAGACUUUGGUACCUCCAAGCGGCUGGCAGGAGUCAACCCCUGCACCGAGACCUUCACGGGCACUCUGCAGUACAUGGCUCCGGAGAUCAUCGACAAGGGUCCCCGAGGUUACGGAGCCCCGGCCGACAUCUGGUCCCUGGGAUGCACCAUCAUCGAAAUGGCAACCGGGAAACCUCCCUUCCACGAGCUGGGCGAGCCGCAAGCCGCCAUGUUUAAGGUGGGCAUGUUCAAAAUCCACCCGGAGAUCCCCGAGUCUUUGUCGCCGGAGGCUAAGUCGUUCAUCCUGCGCUGCUUCGAGCCCGACCCCCACAAGCGAGCGCUGGCCUCCGACCUCCUGAGGGACACCUUUGUGCGACACAACGCCAAGGGCAAGAAGAGCAAAAUCGCAUUCAAGGCCUCAGACUACAUCCACGUUUCGCUGCCGGUGCAGCUCCAGUGCGAGGCCGCAGGGAGCAGCAGCAGUGAGCACGGUUCCAUGAGUCCCGACUGCGACUCCAAACACGACGUCUUCUUCCACAAAAAGAAAAGCUCUGGCUCGGAGAAUCUGCUCAAGCCGCCCAACUCCAACUACCUGAGCGUUCCGGACGAGGGUUCGGUGUCGGAGGACCGCAGCGGGGCCCCGCCCUCGCCGGAGGACAGGGACGGCGGCCUCUUCUUGCUCAAGAAGGAUAGUGAGAGGAGAGCUAUUUUGUUCAAGGUCCUCAACGAGGACCAGGAGAAGGUCAUCUCCAACCUGAAGGAGAAUUACAUCCAGGGCAGCGAGGAGCUGCAACUGUCUGUGGAGCACAUCAAGCAGAUCAUCUGCAUCCUGCGAGACUUCAUCCAUUCCCCAGAGAGGCGCGUCAUGGCGGCCACCAUCUCCAAGCUCAAGCUGGACCUGGAUUUUGACUCCACCUCCAUCAACCAGAUCCAGUUGGUGCUUUUCGGCUUCCAGGACUCAGUGAACAAGGUCUUGAGGAAUCAUCACAUCAAACCUCACUGGAUGUUCGCCAUGGACAACAUCAUCCGCAGGGCUGUGCAGGCCGCCAUCACUAUUCUCAUUCCAGAGCUUCAGACGCACUUCGGCCCAGCGUCGGACUGCGAGGGAGCGGAGAAGGACGACGAGGUGGAUGAGGAGGAGGCAGACUUCGGUCCGGUGUUGGCCUCGGCUGAGCCCGGGACCCCCGCCGAGCCCACGCCGCAUUCGGCCGGCGCUGUGCCGCACCCGGCCCACGAGCACCAGCGCUCGCACCACCACCAGAUGGGCGCGCAACUGGGCCGCCUCAAGCAAGAGACCAGCAGGCUUCUGGAGGAACUGUUGCACAAGGAGCGAGAGUACCAGCAGGUGCUGAAGGCCACGCUGCAACAGCGCACCCAAGACCUGGACCUGGUCCGAGUCCGCCACAGAGCACCAGACAUUUCUCCUCCCUCCAUCUUCCACAUUCCGGCGGACCACGAGCCGGACAAGCAGCUCGCCGAUUGGCUGAAGAAGCAAGGGGCGGACCCGGAGACUAUCGAUAAGUUUGCGCUGGAAGAAUACACGCUGACUGACGUCCUGAACGAGGUCACCAGAGACGAUUUACGCUGUCUCCGCCUCAGGGGCGGCGUCCUUUGCCGGAUCUGGCGGGCCAUCCAGAGGCACCGGGAGCGAGCGAGGCCGAAGGGAGACGAACGCUCGGAGGACGAAGCCUGACGCCGCCAACCUGCCAGUGUGCCUUUAGUUUUUUUUCUGCCCAACUUGACCAAAAUUCUCUGUGUGUGUGCUCAUCGUAUUGCCAUAUUUUGCCAAAAUGUGUUUUACUGCACAACACAACUAGGUUGUUGAGAAAAGGGACCAAAGGAAGCAUUCAAAAGAAAUGAAAUCAAUCUGAGUGAACCUGUUUGCAGUUUUUGGGGGCGGGGCCUACCCACUCACCUAUUCACAGUUUCUGUUUGAACGACAGCUAGCAAAGUAAAACGACUUGCGUGCCUUUGUCGUUUUCAGCAAAAUCCACCUUAGCUUUUAUCAACGGAGACAACGCUUAAGCAUCUGCAGUCACAGCCAAGCAAGUGUUUGAGAUUGUAUCGCCUUUGUCUCACCCUUCAAAAGUUGCUUUCUUUCUCAACACGAGCAGACUAGCCGCCAUCUUUACUUGUGGAUGCUAUCUGCUUUUUGUCACCCAUGUUGUCUUUGCAAGUGUUGUUUCCUGUUUGCUUUGCAAUAAACUUGGAAAUGAUGCGCA